UAAAGCAAGUUUACACGGCACACUUCCGGAGAGCGAUGGCAUCUCUGGAAAGGGUAAAAGUGUUGGUUUUGGGGGAUUCUGGAGUAGGAAAGUCAUCUCUUGUACAUCUACUCUGCCAGAAUCAAGUUUUGGGGAACCCGUCAUGGACUGUGGGCUGCUCAGUGGACGUCAGGGUGCAUGACUACAGGGAGGGAACUCCAGAGGAGAAGACGUACUACAUUGAACUCUGGGAUGUCGGAGGGUCUGUUGGCAGUGCCAGCAGUGUUAAAAGCACCAGAGCUGUGUUUUACAAUUCAGUAAAUGGUAUUAUUUUAGUUCACGAUCUGACCAACAAGAAAUCCUCCCAGAAUCUGUAUGGCUGGUCACUCGAAGCCUUGAAUAAAGACUCCUCUCCAACUGGGAUCAUUGUAUCUAAUGGGGAUUAUGACAGAGAGCAGUUUGCAGAAAACUCCGUUCCUCUCUUGUUAAUUGGCACCAAAUUUGACCAGAUCCCUGAAAACAAAAGGAAUGAUGUCCUCGCUCGAACUGCCUUUUUAUCUGAGGACUUUAACGCUGAGGAGAUCAACCUGGAUUGUACGAGUCCUCGGUAUCUUGCUGCUGGGUCAUCAAAUGCGGUUAAAUUGAGUAGAUUCUUUGACAAGGUAACAGAGAAGAGAUACUUCACAAGAGACCCAUGCCAGAUGCAGAGUUUCAACGACAGGAGGCGCUUUCAUUUCAAGAAUCUUCACAGUGAUUGAGGGUGUUUGUGUGUGUGUGCGGUCUGGAGUCUGUAGGCUGGAUGAGUUAAGUAUCAAAUAUGUUGUUUGAUAAUCACUUAUCUCAUGUUCAGGGAUAUUUAUAUUCAACUGUAUAAUGUUAAAAAUUGAACUUAAGUUUAUAUUAAUUUGAAAACCACAGAUAGUUUUCCACUUCGUUUUAAUGUUUACUCUUUGUACUAAUUGUUGGCGUGGACCCUUUUUUUGCUUGAAAUGACUUCUUGCUCAACGGUAAUCUGUAAUACAUGCAGUUGUAAUAAACACAAUUUUUAUAGAUUCA